UUAUUAGUCCAGGUGGCAGGAGGAGUAUUGUGCAAUUGGCACAACGCAUGACCCGUAGCUUCUGUGCUGUUGUCUGUGCAAACAUGUACAGGUGGGAUCCUAUCCAAACCGGGAAUGGAAAUGAUCCUGCUGCUGUUAGGUUGAGCAUGCGUAAGAGUCAAGGUGAGCCGGGAGAGCCGCCAGGAGUGGUGUUAAGUGCAACCAAGACCAUUUGGUUACCAAUUACAAGGCUGCGCUUGUUUGAUUUCCUAAGGAGUGAAGAAACCAGGAACCAGUGGGAUGUCUUGUCCAAUGGUGCCUUGCAACAGAUGAUCCACAUUUCUAAGGGCCAGACCGAUCCCGCCAACAGAAUCUCUAUUUAUCGAAACACUGCUUCAGCUAGUGUGAAUCAAAAUAGCAUGUUGAUGUUGCAAGAGUCGUGCACUGACAUGUCUGGGUCCAUCAUAACAUA